AUGAUGUUCAAUGAAAACAGCACAAAUAGCCAAGGGGUCGUGAACAAAAAAUGCAUGCCCAAGGGGGACUGUAGCAGCAGUAGUGGCACCCCCGGGGGAUUAUACAAAUGGGGAGAAGAAGACCACACGAAAUUGAUGCAAAACACGUUGUACAUGUUUGACCAUAUAAAAAAUGACAAACAUAUUUUCUCGAAAAUCAUAAAAAAUGUAAUUACCUUUUUAAACAAAUUGAAGGAAGAAAACAGGUAUUAUGAAUUCCUCUUUUCCUACACCACAUUUGUAAAAAAAUAUGGGCCACUAACAGAUUACACAUCUUUUAAAAAAGUUAUAGAAAGGAUUAACAGGCUAGACAUAAUUGAGGUGUGCAUCUCCUUCAACUUUAAUAAUGAUAGUAUUUUCCAAACGUUGCUGUCUUCCUACCUGGAGUUGCAUCUGAAUGAAGCGAACAACGUUUAUAACGUGCUGCUGGAGCUGACGAGCGUCGUGAUAGAUGGCUAUGCCAUUUGGGGAGAACAAAAAAAGAGCGACUCGGAUUUCGUAGAGAUCUUCAUUUCCCAGUGUGAAUUGAAAUACGUUUCGAGGGAGCAAAUAAACAAGUGGUUCAGCUAUGUUAGGCAGCAUGAGGAUAAUUACUCAGAUGUGCUUUUCUGUUUGAUCGAUUUUUGCUUAAGUUUAAUUGACCAUGUGCAUGCUUUGCUGGCGGAGGGCGCGGUCGCCUGUGCUACGUACGCCGCGUAUGUGAGCGAGUUGGCCGUUCUGAGGAGGAGCUCCCCCAACUCAGCAGCGGUUCACCGUAGGCAGCAGGCGGAGGUACAAAGUGGAAAAAGGACCCCCGAUCAGCGUGGUGAAGAAGUACGCAGGAAGAGCACGCAGCUGGGGAGACAUUCUCCGAAUGAUGUAACGUCGGAAAGGGACGCCAAACGGGAGCGACCCACCAAAUUAACCACCUACGUGAAGGACACCCCCGGGCACAUAUACAUCUGCACCUUUGAAGACAAAAUCGUGUGCAUGAAAAAUGGGGACUGCCUAGAGGAGCACCCCGAUGACGCCACCGCGAAUGAGGACAGGAGCAAAUUUGUUUACGAAAUAAAGUCGCGCAGCGCCAAUUUGUACAUUUUAAAAGUCCUCGUGUGCACCAUCUUAAAGGCGAUGAAAAUAACGCACCACCUGAAUCAAGACUCACUCACAAAAUUGUUCUCCUUUUUCAACCAAGUCCUAAGUGACAUAAUCAAAUGCAUUUACCAGAAGAACGACGUCCUCUUUCUUAACCUCUUCUUCACGGAUAUAUUAAAAACCAUGCACGUGAUGGUUUCCUUUUAUAACGAGAAUAUUGAGCAGACACCCAAGCAGACUAUGCUCUUUUACAAAUGCUUCAAUAAGGUGAUCGACCAGAUUUGUAUAUACCUUCAUAAUAAGACCUUCUUCAGCGAGAUGAUCCUCCCCUCCCGCGGAGCACCUUCCCACGUGGGGGGGAGUUGCCUCCAGAAGUAUGCUCACAAUUUUAAGGAAACCUGCUACAUGCUGUUCUGCUUGUUCUACGCCAUUUUGGAGAAGACCAAUCGGGUGAAUAACGAGAUUUUUUUAUUCUUCUGCUGCGUGUUAGAUGUACAGGAGGACGAGGAGGGGGAGGGGGUUCUGGAACCCACCGGGGUAACCCAGUCAGCUAGCGAAUCGACCGAACCGCACAUCGUAAAAUCGCUCUACCGGACGCUCUGUCUGAACAGAAAGUUCUUGCACAACUGCAGGGAAGACCUCCGAGGGAAGAGCAUCAAUCGAAUCAUCACCAUUUUUAUCUUUUUGGAGAAAAAAAUUAAAAAGUAUUUUUUUUUUUUCAAGUACGUUUUUGGCUUUGUGUGGAAUAGGUUUGGCCAAGGGGCGCUCAAUGGUGAGAGGAGGAGCGGUCACCUUCACCCCCUUUCGCGGAGCGACUGGCGCGGAGCACGUCGGUGGUCGCAAAGCAAAUCGCAAAGCAAGCCGCAAAGCAAGUCGCCCACCAAACCGCCAAGCAAACCGCCCACCAAACUGCAAACCGUGAUGAAGAGAAUAAAAUACGUCCUACUGGACAUGUUCACCAAGUACACGAAACUGCUGAUGGUGUAUAGAUUCCAUUUCGCCAGAUGCAUAGAUGUGGGGAAGGGGAAGGAGCCCUUCACGGAUGAGUUCCUUCUGUAUAUGAAGUCCAUCGAGUGUGUGCUCUUUUCUAUCUUCGUCUACUGCCCCAACGGGGUGCUGACUAAGCUGAACGCGUAUGCGACUGAGAGGGGCAAGCUGGGCAAGCUGGCCCACGGGGGGAGGAGCCAGUUUUCGGCCUUCAACCGGGGGCUGUACUGUUUUGGCGAGGGGCACGGGGGGGUGCCCAGCGGUGCGUCUAGCGGUACGUCUAGCGGCACGUCCAGUGCGGGGGAGAGGCGAGGGGGCAGCCCCGAUGACAGCGAUGGUCAUAGUGAUAGUGUUAGCGGUAGUGGUAGCGGUCGCGGUAGCGGCUCAUCUGGUGCGAGUAGCCCACCCCGUGGCCGUGGUAGCCGCUGCCUCGGCGAGAAUUCCCAGACGAAGCGCGAACGGGAGCAGUCGCAUACCAAGUGGGUGACACACCCGUGCGACCUCAUCGUGCUGAACGUCCUGGGAAUCAUCUACGCAAACAUAAUGGAGGAGCUGACUAGCCACCGGUACCGAUAUGUCUAUUUUAAGCACUGCCUGGUGCAUGCGGAGUUUCUGAAGAAGUUGCGGCUCGUUUUGCUGGGCGGUGAAUUGGGCGGCGAAGCCGACGUGGCAGUGAGGGCGGACGGGGGGAGCCGGCACCUGGCGUGCUACUUCCACUUCCCGUACGAACUCCUGUGCGCGAUAAUCAUCCACCAGCUGAAGUGUUUUUCAAACGACACGCUGAAGUGCCAGUCAGUGUGCACAGCUGUGGUGGAGUUCCUUUUCUACAUCAGCUCGUCCAAGAACCCCUAUUUUUUUACCAUUUCAAGAAGGCUGUGGAGAGUACUGGGGUGUCAGAUGAACAAGUACGAAGAGGUCCUCGCUCUGACGAUGCUCACGAAGAUAUUAUUUCACUUGCUGUGUGGUGGGAGCAGAGAGGAGUCCUCUUCGCGGAGCAGGAACGAACGGCUGUUCUUAAAAAGCAUUCGCAACAAUGAUACACAACAGUUGCUACUCUCCUUUUUGACUAAGCAAUUUUUUAUAAAUGACGUGGGGAAGAACUACGUGUUUUUCUAUGGGACUCUCCUGGGCGGCAUCCAGUCCGAGGAGCUGGCCCUGGGGGUGAUGCAGGUUUUCUUCGGCACCUUCCAUGUGCACCUGCAGUACACGCUCAAGGUGCUGCUGCGCUUUUUGAAUCUGUACGAGCGGGGCGUGGAGGUGAGCGAAGCGACGAACGAAUCUGCGAUCGAAGCCGCUAACGAAGCGGUGGACGAAGUGACGAACGAAGCCAACAUCAUUUCGCUCUUUGUCUACUUGGACCUGGUGAAGGUCCUGCCGGCCAACUUCCUAAGCAUUGUGGGGGGCAUAAAUUUGAUGCGGGAGAUGCAGAACACCUUCCUCUUCUUCAUAUACGUAAACGAUGAGUACAGGCUGCUGGAGGAGCGAGAUGAACAGAACAAGCACCUCCUCAUGGUGAAUACGAUCAAGCGGACUGGCAUGCAGUACUACCAUAGAAGCGCAAAGAUUUAUUUCCCCCUCGUUAUAUCCUCCCUCAUUUCUCAUUAUCUUUUUUUUAUAACUACGGAUGGCACGUUUAGAAUUCCACCUCGUCUCAUUUGUACCUUUUAUGAGCAUUUUUUUAGCAACCGGUAUUUGUAUACGCUGUGUAGUAACCACGUGUACAUGCGGGUGUUGAGUGAUUCAUUCGUCAUUCUGCAUCACCUGCGGGAGGGGGAAGCGAAGGGGAGCGAAGCGAAGGAGGUCGAGGCGAAGGAGGGGGAAGCAAAGAAGAGCGAAGCGGAGGGGGGGUUGGCGGAGGUGACGGACCACCAGUGGGGCGCCGCUAAUGACCCUGAGGAGGACACCCACAACAGUGGUGAAGUGAAAGAGCAUGGCGUGGAGAAGCACACGAAGGAGGAUGCCUCUGUGGAGGAUGCCCCUAUGGAAGAUGCCCCUUUGAAGGAUGCCCCUAUGGAAGAUGCCCCUUUGAAGGAUGCCCCUAUGGAAGAUGCCCCUUUGAAGGAUGCCCCUAUGGUAGAUUCCCCCAUGGAGGGAAACCCCCCUGGUGAUGGCUGCCCGGGGGGGGACUCCUCCACCCAGAUGGGUAGACUCUCGUCGUGCCUCUUCCAAGUGUACAUACACUUCCUGGAGGAGUACGCCACCAUGUUCCACGCAGCCAUUGUGAAGUUGGUAAAGAACAAACUUCUGUGGCGGAGGCGCAGCGGGGGGGAGCGCCCCAAGGGGGGUUCCCCGAUAAGCGGCGUGAACGAGGUUGACGCGGCGAACAGGUUAAGCGAGGUUGACGCGGCGAACAGGUUAAGCGAGGUUGACGCGGCGAACAGGUUAAACGAGGUUGGCAAGGCUAACAGGGUGGACGAGACCUCCUUCUGCCAGCACAUGUACGUCGAUUUGAAGAGGGAGGGCAAGUACACCCCUUCGUUUAGCCAUUUGAUGCGCGCCCUCCUGGAUGUUUUUUUUUGUAAACCAGGUGUGGUGCCACGAGAGAGGAGGAGGCAGGUCCUAGCGAAGGAGGUGGUUGUUCCCCUGACGGCACGGGCCACGCCAGAUAAGGUGGACUUACUGCAGGCCCGGAGAAAUAAAUUUUUGCUGACCUUUUUUAGAAAUACAUUUUACAUUCAGAGCUGUGCAGGGGAUUACAUCAAGGACCGUCUCUCCAGACUGUUUGGCCCUCCCCCCUUCGGGAAGCACCGGGUGUGUAGGAAGGACUUAGAGGAGUUGGCAAGUUUGGUUUUCUGCGUGGGGGGCUGGGUUGACGUUUGA